AGCCCCCAAAUCGACCCCUCUGGCAAAAAUUCACACCCAGCUUGCGCGGCAUCCAAGCCGAAUGGCUCUCUCCUGGUACCAGGCGACUGGACGCCCCAAUUCUCUGGUUCCACCUCAACUGGACCAACAUUUACUCUGCAGAACGAGACGCCGUUCGGCUAGCGCCUGAUGUCCGAACUUUUUACCUCUCCAAUCUGACUUGCGCAACGGCCAUCAAGUUCCAGCUGAAAGCGGAGAAUAAAGUGGGCAACAGUUCUCUUACCGAGCUGAUGACGGCAACUACACUCGGAAAAGGUUGGGGCAGAAGAUAUUCAUGCUGCAUGUAG